GGUGUUGUGACUCGGGCAGCCUAUCCCGAGGGUGGGGAGCUGCGGAGGAGCCCGAGCCCAGCGGUACUCGGCAGCGUCACGUGCCGGGGUGGGGGCUAUAAAAUCCCGGAGCCAGGGCGCCGGGCGGGGGACGUGAGGACUAGCCCUCUCCAGGGACCCCUUUGUUCGCAGCCCAGACGCCGACACCUCCGCGUCCCCAAGGGCUUGACCGCCCGCAUCCGCGCCGCGCCCCGGGCCGCCCCGUGAACAGGAGAGGGGAGGGGGCGCCACGCCGGCCGGGCCCUCCGGCCACCCACCCCGCCCGUCAUGUCGCGCUCCUUCUAUGUGGACUCGCUCAUCAUCAAGGACUCCUCGCGACCCGCGCCCUCGCUGCCUGAGCCGCACCCCGGGCCCGAUUUCUUCAUCCCGCUGGGCAUGCCGUCCCCGCUGGUGAUGUCCAUGUCCGCGCCCGGCUGCUCGUCCCGCAAGAGCGGCGCGUUCUGCGUCUGCCCGCUCUGCCCGGACGCCAGCCAGGUGCCCAACGGCAAGCGGAUGAGGACCGCGUUCACCAGCACGCAGCUCCUGGAGCUGGAGCGGGAGUUCUCUUCCAACAUGUACCUGUCUCGGCUCCGGAGGAUCGAAAUCGCAACGUACCUGAACCUAUCGGAGAAGCAGGUGAAAAUCUGGUUUCAGAACCGCCGGGUAAAGCAUAAGAAGGAAGGGAAGGGCGCGCAGAGGAACAGUCACGCGGGCUGCAAGUGCGUCGGCGGCCAAGCGCACUACGCGCGCUCCGAGGACGAGGAGUCCCUGUCGCCCGUCUCUGCCAGCGAGGACAAGGAGAUUUCCCCCUUGUGA